GAUGGCCGAGUUUUACGUGGAGUGCAUUUCGUUGGGAAACUAGAAGUAGUGCUCACUGACUUCUCACCGGCUUUCAGGACACCGUGAAAGUGCCCUUCGGGACAAAGUCUCUGGAUGCGGCCAUGUGUCUCCCUGCUGUUGCAACAGAUGUGCAUACGGCCGUCAUUCUCACACAUGGGGCGGGUGGAGACAUGAACUUUAAACAUCUGGUUUCUCUGGCUCACGCCUUGGCUUCAAAUGGCUUCCUUUGUUUCCGUUUCACAUGUAAAGGUUUACACUUGGGUUAUAAAGUCAAGGCGUACCGUGCUGUGUGGGACUUCUUAAAAUCUCUGCAGAGGUUUACCAUUAAGCACAUAUUCGUUGGAGGAAGGUCAAUGGGAUGUCGUGCUGCUGCAGCUUUAGCCAGGCAGCUGAGUGAUGAAUCCGAGGAUGCAGUGCAGGGUGUCAUCUGCCUGUCUUUCCCCCUGCAUCCUCCAGCACAGACGGAUGCCCAUCUGCAACGAAGUGAGGAUCUCAGGGGGCUACCGGAACACCUGCCUGUGCUGUGUGUGUCAGGCACUGAGGACAACAUGUGUGACAGGGUUCUUUUUGAAAGGAUGAUAAAAGAAAUGAAAGCUGAGGUUGAGGUUUUCUGGCUGAAAGGAGGCAGCCAUGGACUGACAGUGAAGGGAAGGUUCGAGGAUUCUGUGCUGGAUGAAGUAAAUUUACAAGUCAUCACCUGGAUCAGUAAACUGAGUGCAUAGAUACAUUUAGUUAUUAAUUAUGUUUUAUGUUUUGUUAUGUUCUUUCUAACAGUUAAAUAAAGGAUUUGUAUUUUUGCACAAUGUUGA